CUCUUCCACUUCUUCUUCACUCGUCUCCACUUACAAAAUAGAAACUGCUCCAUUUUUACAAAUUCUCUUACAGGUUUCUCUUCCGCUGCUGUGGAGGAUUUUCUCGAGAAACAAACAACGUUGAAGAAUCUUGUUCCGAGAAGAUCUCUCCACCAACAGCGCUUUGAGUUUUUAUUGAUUUCUUGCUUUUAUAUUCAUCUUCCAAUGGCUCGCUCUUUCUCCAACGUUAAGGUCCUAUCCGCUAUCGUUGCCGAUGGAUUCUCUUCCGCUCUCAGCAGGCGUGGCUACGCGGCGGCGCCGGCUUCGCAAGGAGUUGCAUCGAGUGCGGUCAAGGGAGGAAGUGUUGCGGCGGCGAGGAACAGUAAUCUGUUGAAGAAAUCGGGGGAGGAGAAGGUUGUUGGAUCGUCUGAGAAGGUUUCUUGGGUGCCGGAUCCUGUCACGGGGUAUUACCGGCCGGAGAACCGCGCCGAUGAGAUAGAUGUUGCCGAACUUCGUUCGGUUCUCCUUAAUAACAGGAAUUAAAGGCGUUUUUCUCGAAAUGAAUUGAAAGUAAGUUAUAUUAGAAAACCUAAGAAGAUGAUCUGAUUCUCUGAAGCGAACAGAGGCCUUCGGGCUUCGGAUCGAAAUCGAAAGAGGAUUUGAUCGGGCGUGAGUGUGGAAUUUAUGAAGCAGUUCAGGGAUUUAAAACAGGCUAUGGGGCUUCGAUCGGCGGCGUUUCCGACUACCGUUAAGGUGUUAAGUUUCUUUUAUCAAUAUCACUCUACAAUACUCUGUGUUCUAGGAUUUUAAAUGUUUUCCGUCACUGUAAUAGUAUGAACAUGAUGAAUAAAUAUGCAGUCGCCUUUGGUUUCUGUU